AUGCCUCCACUGCGCAGGGACGGUUCCCUCCCCCCCACGCAGAUACUGGACGACGCUGUGUACCUGAGAGACGUGCUUGGCCUGCCCGCCGACACCAGCGAAGACGACGUCGACGCGCAACUUGCACUUCUGGCGCGCAAGUCCGGCAUCGAGGAUCCCUACCGCUUCCUGUGCCCUGUGCAAGCCAUGUCGAGUGCCCUGUCCACCACGACGAUAGGCAGCGCCCGCAGUAGCUCACUUUCGGUGCACUCGCACCACACUCAGUCCACCGGCUUCACAGACCCUUCAAGGACCUCCAGGGAGCAGCCUUAUGUCAAGCGCCUGCCGCCACAGCAGCCUACGCCACCUGCGACCCUCCCCAGAGCCUCCGUUGCCCUCGACACCGCCGCGGAGUACUUCCCAACCGACUUCAAGCAUCGCCACUCAACCACGUCGACCUUCUCGGCUGCACCCUCCAUGGCUUCCAGCGCGUCUUCGUUGCAAAGUACCGGCAUCAGAAGAAAGCGCACCUCAUUUCUUUCCAUGUUUAGAAGAGACUCGAGCUCAUGCACUUCUCCCUCUCAUCACCGCCACCAUGGGAAAGCUCGAGGGCCAAAACUUGAAUGCGGGCAUUCGCUCUCCACCUCCGCCAUCCGAGCUCACAUCAAAGAGGCGCUGCUGACGAAAGCGACACCAAGCUGCUGCGGAAUUCCACUAACACGAGCUACCCUGGAAAUUGUUCUGACAAGACAAGAGGCGGAUCGUGUUCUGGAAGGCGCGGUGCAGUCUCCGGAGCUGAGCUCGUUACGAGAUUCUGGCUACAGCGAGAACGGCAUGUCGUCCAUGGAUCUACCACGACCAGCCCGCAAGGCAUCCAUUCCACCGGUUUCGAAAUCGCUACCGAGUACACCACCUCGUCGAUUGUCGCUACAGCUACCAGCAGGCAGCCCUUCCCUUGCGAACGAAGCACUGAAGAGCCUUAAAAUGCAGCAGAAAGAGCAGCUCGAACAGGUUGCAGCAUUUGAAGCCAAUCAGCGCAAAUCACUUCAAGUGCACCAUCAAUGCUCGCUAAACCAACUUGCAGCUCAACAUAAAAACAACCAAGAGGAGCGAAAGGAGCAUCAUAUUCUUGAGGUCGACGAUCUCGAAGACGCACAAAUCACGGCAGAGGACAAUCUGCGCAACGCUCAAAACAUCGAAACCCAGAAUGUGGCAACCGCGCUGAAACACAUGGAAGCGUAUUGCCUUUCCUCGAACUUAGAGUUUGGCCUUGCGCAUCUGGUCACCCAAGAAGACUUUAAGAAACUUGAUCGUCAGCGCUUGAUCAAGCAAAGCUUGCCACGAAAACAUGAGAGUGCCAUCAACGUCCUACGGUCACGACAAGAGCGCGCGAUGAAGCUAAAGAUGCAAAAGCAAGAAGCAGAACUCGCAGAGAUGGAUCUCCAAUAUGAGAAAGAGAAGGCGGCUGAAGAGUGGCAGUACGCGCAAGAGUUGGAGCGCCUGAAUGCAGUAAUAGAAGCGCGGCGAAAGAGGCUCCAGCAGAGAUGGGAUCUCAAAUACGAGAUGUUGCGGAAGGACUGGGAGAACCAACACACCGCGCAAUUCGAGAACCUCGACUGGCCGCUCAAGACACAGUACGGCAGUCCGAUCUGUGGAAUACCCGAAUCGAGCGAGACAACAGCGCCCAUCCACGCUGCGGCGUAG